AUGCAUGGUUACUUUGGACCAAUGCUUGCAUGUUCACCAGCUUUUCUGCCAUAUCCAGAUGACAACAAAAAUCCAAGCAACAUUCAGCAAAACGUUGGUUACCCAUUUCAAUAUGGGAUGGGACCUCCGAGGCCAGUUAUCGCUACAAGCUCCGCAACAAGUGCUAGAGUUAGUGAAGAAAAUAGGCCCGAUUGUUUAGAAACUAAACCUCCAUAUUCUUCAACUAGAGUUGAUGAAGAAAUUAUAUUGGAUAGACCAGAUGAACGGGAAAUUGACGAUGGCACUACCGGUACACCACGGGUAGUGCCAUCAUUGGAUAGUGAUGAUAUCAUUGAGGAGCCAAAGUCGGGGAUGGAGUUUAAUUUGUUUGAAGAUUUGUUGAGCUAUUAUAAACAGUAUGCAAAGAAAUGCGGGUUUGGGGUGAUGACACAGAGGAAUGAGAGGUCAGAGGAUCAAAGUGUCAGAUAUGUCACCAUUGGUUAUGCACGGGGAGGGAAGGCCCGGAAUAAGAGUUUGAAUGUCGCCAACCCACGUCCGAUGGGGAAAACGGACUGUAAGGCAAGAAUUAAUGCCUUAAGAGUUGAGGGAAAGAUGCGGAUAACAACUGUGCAUAAUACACAUAAUCACGGCCUCAGCCCAAAGAAAUCCCACUUUUUUCGAUGUAACAGAGAAGUGAGUGAGACCGUUAAAAGAGUCCUAGACACAAACGACUUAGCUGGCAUUCGAUUGAAUAAAAGUUACGGUUCUCUUGUUGUUGGCUGUAUGGACGGUAUAGCUCCAAAGGCUAUUAUUACUAAUCAAGACAGAGCAAUGAAAAAUGCAAUUGCUACCGUCUUUCCAGAAACUCGACAUAGAUUAUGCCUGUGGCAUAUACUGAAGAAAGUCCCUGAGAAGCUUGGGUCGUAUGCUACGUACAGAAAUGGGCUAAAAACUAAACUGAUGAAAUGUGUGUAUGACACACAAACUAUUGAGGAGUUUGAGAAAUGUUGGGCUGGGUUUAUUAACACAUACGACUUACAUGAGAAUGUGUGGUUGAAAAGUUUAUAUGUAGAGCAUGAGUAUUGGGUACCGGUAUUCCUGAAAGAGCACUUUUGGGCUGGAAUGAGUACAACCCAGCGCAGCGAGAGUAUGAACACUUUUUUUGACGGUUAUGUUCACUCGAAGACAAACUUGAAGGAGUUUUUCGACCAGUUUGACAGUACGUUGAGGAAGAAAAUUGAGAAUGAAAAUCAUGCGGAAUUCCAGUCAUUUAGCCAGGUCAUUCCCUGCAUAUCUAGAUCUCCAAUUGAAAAGAAAUUUCAAGAGUUGUACACUAACGCUAAAUUUAGGGAAGUUCAGUAG